UGUGACUAACUUCAAACUCAAUAUUUCUACAGCUCUGAACUGGUCUACGACUGUGAACUUCUUUACGUAACGGAAGAAUGGCGGAUGCAAAAAAAGAAACUGAACCUGCAGCAACUAAAAAGCUACCGGCAGUGCCGGAAUCAGUCCUUAAGAGAAGGAAAACUCGUGAAGCUGUACGAGCUGCACGUCUUCAAAUAUCAAUCAAGCAACGUGCGAAUCGAUACCAGAAAAGGAAAACAAUCUUCAAAAGAGCUGAAAAAUAUGUGAGGGAGUACAGAACAAAAGAAAGAGAUGAAAUUAGGUUGAUGAGACAAGCCAAAAACCGUGGCAAUUAUUACAUCCCUGGAGAAGCACGUCUUGCAUUUGUUAUCCGUAUUCGAGGUGUAAAUCAAGUUGCUCCUAAGGUACGUAAGGUACUUCAGCUGUUUCGGUUGAAGCAAAUCAAUAAUGGUGUAUUUCUGAAGCUGAACAAGGCAACAAUUAACAUGCUUCGUAUUGUUGAACCUUAUGUCACAUGGGGAUAUCCCAAUUUGAAAUCAGUUAGAGAAUUGAUCUACAAGAGAGGAUUUGCAAAGAUAAAUAGGCAGCGUAUACCUAUUACCAGCAAUUCAAUCAUUGAAAAGAAACUUGGACGUUCUGGUAUUAUUUGUAUAGAAGAUUUGAUCCACGAAAUUUUCACAGUUGGACCAAAAUUCAAGUUUGCAAGCAAUUUCUUAUGGCCAUUCAAGCUCAACACGCCUAAUGGUGGGUGGCGUAAGAAGACUAACCAUUAUGUGGAAGGUGGUGAUUUUGGUAACCGUGAAGACAAAAUCAAUGAACUUCUCAGAAGAAUGGUUUAAAUUUCUAUAAAUCUUGAUAAAUAAAAGUUUAAGUAAAAUAUA